GGGAGAGAGAGGGAGAGGGAGAGGGAGAGCCAAGUGAGGGGGUGUCUGGGUCUUGGCAGCGGGCACCCACACUCCGCCGAACCUACAGCUUGGGAUAACACCCUUUACUUCUUCUCCAGUUCAGCGCCUUCUACAGGUCCCUCCACCGGCCCUGGGGGCCCGGAUGCUGAGCCUGUGAGCCGCCCCGACACCGGCACACCACCACCACCACCACCACCACCGCCACCACCGCCACCACCAUGGCGCACCGAGUCUCCACCAAAGAUGUCAUGCAGAAUACCGGGUUUCUGGCCAAGCUAGGCUCCACGCUUAUGGGCCGCCACAACCCUGACCCCAUGCUGGAAACGAAGAUGCAGUCCAGUAUAACUUGGCGCAAGACUUCAGACGUCAAGCACCGCAUCAAGACGGCCACGGGGACCAUUGCCAUCUAUGAAGACCUCACGCCGGAGGAGCUGGCGGAGAGGCAAGCGGAGGCCGAUAGAGCUGCAGGUGGCACCGCUCCUGACGCCUCCGGCCCUGAACCUGCAGCCACGGUGGAGGAAGGGCAGGUACAGGCGGCUCUUCCUUCAGAUUCUGCUUCUGCUGCCGGGCCACCAGCGCCGCCACCACCACCACCACCACCACCACCAGUAGAACAACAGAAAACGGAACAGCGCCUUGACUUCUGGACGGAGGAGUUGGAGGGAGGAGGGGAAGGCACCACCACCACCACUACCACGACCACCACCACCACCACCACCACCUACAUAGCAGAGGGGGACUACACGCCUGAAGAUGAUGAGGGACUACCUGUGGUGACUGGACAGAUCCUAACCUUAGUGGAUAAGACGAGUCCCUUUAAACGCCCACGCCUUGAGGGAGGGGACGAUGGCGUUACGACACAACUUUUGGACAAUUCUGCAGCGAAACACAAGAUGGCAAUCAGACCGAAGAGGAACCAUCCGGACCGCCGCUCCAGAGGGCAUGACCAGGGGGAGGAGAGAUGGGUGAUGAGAGACGAAGAGAGCGGCAAGGAGGGUCUCGUGCCUGCCCGCCUCCUGCAGCAGCACUCGGAGACAACCACCACUGCCCUGCGCUCCUCCCUCAAGAGAACCGUGCAGCAAAUUGCCCUGGAGGAGCCGCUGGAAGUGAAGCAGAACCUGAUGAAGGAAAUACGAGAAUACAAAUCAAGAAAACUGUCUAGCAAGAAUCUUUUGGGUCCUUCUCCUGAAGAUGAAGCCAGGGCGAAGAGAACAGCAACGAUUCGAGAGCUGGUGGAGACUGAAGAUGAAUUUGUGAAGGAUCUACAGUACGUGAUGGAGAAUUACUACGAAUUACUGGACCAGAACUCGACUCCCCGCGCCAUCAGGGACCAGAAGGACCUGAUCUUUAAUAAUUUCAAGUUUAUCAGUGAAUUCCACCAAAACGUCCUCAUUGAAGGGGUGAAAUACCACGCAGAGGUCCCCACUAUGAUUGGCCGAACCUUCCUGCGCCUGGAGCGAGACUUCGACCGCCACGCUGAAUACUGCACGAAUGAACCCCUGGCGCAGGAGUUUCUGGACAACAGCCUUACAGUCCGGGAGUUCUUUGAAGACCACAGUCAACGAAUCAGUGACGACAAAAGGCUCCAGGAACACCUCAAGCUUCCCAUCCAGAGGCUUAACGACUACCAGCUCCUCCUCAAGGAGCUGGUUAAGUACAGUGCCAAGCUCGGGGACGACACAAACGAUCUACAGAAAGCGUAUGAAUUGAUGCAAACGAUCCCCCAGCGGGCAACAGACGCAAAGUUUAUCAAUUCUAUCGAAGGUUUCAAGGGGAACUUAUAUAAACUUGGAAGACUUGUCCGGCACGACUGGUUCAGUGUCAAGGAGGAGGGACAGAAGGCCAGGGACAGGUAUCUCUUCCUCUUCAAGGCCCGGAUUCUCAUUACUAAGGUCAAGAGAAUCAGUGAGGACCGGUCCAUCUUCAUCCUUCGUGAUAUCAUAAGGCUUCCGGAGACCUCCCUGGGAAGCCUAGACCACCCUAAGGCCCUCGAGUUUAUCCACAUCGAGCCACAUACCCACCCUAACUACCCAAUCCGCAUCGAGGCUCGUACUCAAGAGAUAAGGGACUCGUGGCUCGCUGGUGUAGAGGAAUACGUUGUCGACACAGCAUCAGUCGAGGACCUUCUGUUUGACGACGAGCUAAGGGUUGUGUCAGAGGAAGCCGAGGAGGACGAGGCCAAGGCACACUCGCCCCAACCAGAAGGCAAAGAGUUAGAAGAUCUACCAGAGGACAAAAAAGGGAAGAAGGAGUUCAAAGUUGAAAUUGAGGUUGAAGAAGAUUUUUGGAGCCAGGAGUCGAAGGAACAGCCAGCCAAGAAAGCCAAGAAGGAAGUGAAAGUUGAGAUUGAAGAAGAAGAGGAGGACUUCUGGGCACAGUUCGAGACUUCAGAACCCAAACGGAAAUCUGGGAAGGAAUUACUAGAGCAGGAGGCGAAGCGAAAGGAGGAAGAGGAACAAGAAGAAAGAGAGAAGAAGGAAAGAGAAGAGAAGGAGAAACAAGAGAAGGAAGCUAAGGAACGAGAGGAAAAGGAAGAAAAGCUAAGAAAAGAGAAAGAGGAGAAGGAAAGGAAGGAAAAAGAAGAGAAGGAAAGAAAAGAGCAAGAGAGGUUAAAGAAGGAGAAAGAAGAAAAAGAGAGAAAGGAGAAAGAAGAAAAGCUUAGAAAAGAGAAAGAAGAGAAAGAGAAGAAGGAGAAAGAAGAGAAGGAAAGACUGAGAAAAGAAAAAGAAGAAAAGGAAAGAAAGGAAAAAGAAGAGAAAGAGAGGAAAGAAAAAGAAGAGAAAGAGAGGAAGGAAAGAGAAGAAAAAGAAAGAAAAGAGAAAGAAGAGAAGGAAAGGCUAAGAAAAGAGAAAGAAGAGAAGGAGAGGAAAGAAAAAGAAGAGAAAGAAAGAAAAGCGAGAGAAGAAAAACUAAGGAAAGAGAAAGAAGAAAAAGAAAGGAAAGAAAAAGAAGAGAAACUAAGAAAAGAAAAAGAGGAGAAAGAGAAGAAGGAAAGAGAAGAGAAAGAGAGAAAAGAGAAAGAAGAGAAGGAAAGACUAAGAAAAGAGAAAGAAGAAAAAGAAAGGAAGGAGAAAGAAGAGAAACUAAGAAAAGAAAAAGAAGAGAAAGAAAGAAAAGAAAGAGAAGAAAAACUAAGGAAGGAAAAAGAAGAGAAAGAGAGAAAGGAAAGAGAAGAGAAAGAAAGAAAAGAGAGAGAAGAGAAACUAAGGAAGGAAAAAGAAGAGAAAGAGAGGAAGGAAAGAGAAGAGAAGGAGAGAAAAGAGAAAGAAGAGAAGGAAAGACUAAGGAAGGAGAAAGAAGAGAAGGAGAGGAAGGAAAGAGAAGAGAAAGAGAGAAAAGAUAAAGAAGAAAAGGAAAGGCUAAGAAAAGAAAAAGAAGAAAAGGAGAGAAAGGAAAAAGAAGAGAAACUAAGAAAAGAGAAAGAAGAGAAAGAGAGAAAAGAGAAAGAAGAGAAACUAAGGAAGGAAAAAGAAGAGAAAGAGAGGAAGGAAAGAGAAGAAAAAGAGAGAAAAGAGAAAGAAGAAAAGGAAAGGCUAAGAAAAGAGAAAGAAGAGAAAGAAAGGAAGGAAAGAGAAGAGAAAGAGAGAAAAGAGAAAGAAGAGAAGGAAAGACUAAGGAAAGAGAAAGAAGAGAAAGAGAAGAAAGAACGAGAAGAAAAACUUAGGAAGGAAAAAGAAGAGAAAGAGAGGAAGGAAAGAGAAGAGAAAGAGAGAAAAGAAAAAGAAGAGAAGGAAAGAAAAGAAAGGGAAGAAAAACUAAGAAAAGAGAAAGAAGAGAAAGAGAGGAAGGAGAAAGAAGAGAAACUAAGGAAGGAAAAAGAAGAGAAAGAGAGGAAGGAAAGAGAAGAGAAAGAGAGGAAGGAACGAGAAGAGAAAGAGAGAAAAGAGAAAGAAGAGAAGGAAAGACUAAGGAAAGAGAAAGAAGAGAAAGAGAGGAAGGAAAGAGAAGAGAAAGAGAGAAAAGAGAAAGAAGAGAAGGAAAGACUAAGAAAAGAAAAAGAAGAGAAAGAGAAGAAAGAACGAGAAGAAAAACUUAGGAAGGAAAAAGAAGAGAAAGAGAGAAAAGAGAGAGAAGAGAAAGAAAGAAAAGAGAGAGAAGAGAAACUAAGGAAGGAAAAAGAAGAGAAGGAGAGAAAGGAAAAAGAAGAGAAACUAAGAAAAGAGAAAGAAGAGAAAGAGAGGAAGGAAAAAGAAGAGAAACUAAGGAAGGAAAAAGAAGAGAAAGAAAGGAAGGAAAGAGAAGAGCAAGAGAGAAAAGAGAAAGAAGAGAAGGAAAGACUAAGAAAAGAGAAAGAAGAGAAAGAGAAGAAAGAACGUGAAGAAAAACUUAGGAAGGAAAAAGAAGAGAAAGAGAGAAAAGAGAGAGAAGAGAAAGAAAGAAAAGAGAGAGAAGAGAAACUAAGGAAAGAAAAAGAAGAGAAAGAGAGAAAGGAAAGAGAAGAGAAAGAGAGGAAAGAAAAAGAAGAAAAGGAGAGAAAAGAGAAAGAAGAGAAACUAAGGAAGGAAAAAGAAGAGAAAGAAAGGAAAGAAAAAGAAGAAAAACUAAGAAAAGAAAAAGAAGAGAAAGAGAGGAAGGAAAGAGAAGAGAAAGAGAGAAAAGAGAAAGAAGAGAAGGAAAGACUAAGAAAAGAAAAAGAAGAGAAAGAGAAGAAAGAACGAGAAGAAAAACUUAGGAAGGAAAAAGAAGAGAAAGAGAGGAAGGAAAGAGAAGAGAAAGAGAGAAAAGAAAAAGAAGAGAAGGAAAGACUAAGGAAGGAAAAAGAAGAGAAAGAGAGAAAGGAAAAAGAAGAGAAACUAAGAAAAGAAAAAGAAGAGAAAGAGAGAAAAGAGAAAGAAGAGAAACUAAGGAAGGAGAAAGAAGAGAAGGAAAGGAAGGAAAGAGAAGAAAAAGAGAGAAAAGAGAAAGAAGAGAAGGAAAGACUAAGGAAAGAAAAAGAAGAGAAAGAGAAGAAAGAACGAGAAGAAAAACUUAGGAAGGAAAAAGAAGAGAAAGAGAGAAAAGAGAGAGAAGAGAAAGAAAGAAAAGAGAGAGAAGAGAAACUAAGGAAGGAAAAAGAAGAGAAGGAGAGAAAGGAAAAAGAAGAGAAACUAAGAAAAGAGAAAGAAGAGAAAGAGAGGAAAGAGAAAGAAGAGAAACUCAGGAAGGAGAAAGAAGAGAAAGAAAGGAAGGAAAAAGAAGAGAAACUAAGAAAGGAAAAAGAAGAGAAAGAGAGGAAGGAAAGAGAAGAGAAAGAAAGAAAAGAGAAAGAAGAGAAGGAAAGACUAAGGAAAGAAAAAGAAGAGAAAGAAAGGAAGGAGAAAGAAGAAAAAUUAAGGAAAGAGAAGGAAGAAAAAGAGAGGAAAGAAAAAGAAGAGAAAGAGAGAAAAGAGAAGGAAGAGAGACUUAAAAAAGAGAAAGCAGAGAAAGAAAAGAAGGAAAAAGAAGAGAAACUAAGGAAGGAAAAAGAAGAAAAGGAGAGAAAAGAAAGAGAAGAAAAAGAAAGGAAAGAGAAAGAAGAGAAGGAAAGAAUAAAGAAGGAAAAAGAAGAGAAGGAAAAGAAAGAGAAGGAACAAAAGCUUAAGAAGGAAAAGGAAGAGAAGGAGAGGAAGGAAAGAGAAGAGAAGGAAAGAAAGGAAAAAGACAUGGCAAAAGAUAAGAAGGACAGCAAGGCUGCGGGGCGCCCUAAGGUAACGGUACCGAAGCCUGAGGAGAAGGCCAAACUAGCCAAGACUUCGAAGGGCGCCGCAAAGAUGGAGGAGGAGCCGAGCACCCCCGCUACCCCCGGCGGGACACCGAAGCCUGUGUUCACGAAGACCCUGAAGGGAGACAUGGUGGAGCCCGGAGACGAUGUAGCGUUUGCAUGCGAGGUGACUCAUCCGCUGCCCUACUUCGUCACCUGGCUCAAGGAUAACAAGCCCCUGGACGACAAGUUGGCAGAUCGCAUCCAGCAGCAGGACUCAGGGCAGCAGCACGUCCUUAAGGUGCUCAACUGCCGAAUGGAUGACUCUGGUAUUUAUACAGCAAAGGCCACAGAUGAGAACCACUCUGCAUCCACGUGCUCCGCCCAACUGCUGGUUCAGGAGUUCACGGAGGAGGAGAGGGCGCGCCGCAUAGCUGAGAAGUCGCCUUUCUUCCUCGUCAAGAUGAAACCCACGGAGGUGAUCGAGAAUACUAACCUAUCCUACACCAUCCACGUCAAGGGAGAUCCGAUGCCUGACGUGCAGUUCCUCAAGGACGACCAGGAGAUAGUGGAGGACGAGAGGGUCAGCAUCCACCGUGACCCCGCCAUUGGACACUAUGAAAUGCUCAUCUCUCACGUCAGGAAGGAAGAUGAAGCGAUGUAUAAGUGUGUGGCACGUAACAAGUACGGCAAGGCGGAGUGUGAGGCUCAAAUGGCAGUCAGUGACGAGCAGCUGGUGUACGAGUCCCUGAGCGGCAAGGGCUCCCUGCUGGCCAGCGGGGAGAAGGCAGAGUUCAAGUGGUUCAGAGAUGGACAGGAAUUUGAUCCGCUGGAGAGGUUCAACGUGAUGUUCAAGGAUGACGAGGACACCCUGGCGCUGGUCUUCCAAAACGUGACCCCUGAAGAUGCUGGCCUGUACACCUGCGUGGCCUCGACCUCCUGUGGCAAGAUCUCCUGCUCUGCUGAACUUACGGUGGAAGGAUCCAUCAACAGGCUUCUACGUGAUCCAGAACCGCCAAGUAUUAAGGAGGAAAUGACAGACACAACGGUUUCAGUGGGAGGAUCUGCAAUGCUCGAGUGUAAGGUUGGAGGUUACCCGAAGCCCGAGCUGAAAUGGACCAAGAACGGGCUGGACCUUGAAACUGGCGGCAAAAUGAAAGUUCUAUGGGAAGAUGAAGAAUCAGUGGCUUUAGUAAUCAAGAAUGUGGAGGAGAGGGAUGCUGGUCUAUACCGUGUAGUAGCCGUCAAUGAUCUGGGCCAGGCUGACUCUACCGCUAAGCUGGCCAUCCGAGCCGGCCCGAAGAUCAAGAAGCUGCGGAAGGAGGUGCCCUGUGUUAUUGGUGACAAUCUCGAGUACAACAUUGAGGUGGAAGGAGAACCAACCCCGAAGAUUCACAUGACUUUCCCCAACCCCCCUCAGUGCCCUCCGCCGCCCGCUCGCCCCCCUCACCGCUCCCCUAUUCCCCUCACCGCCCCCCUUUUCCCCACUAGCAUGGUGGACGGCAGGCCGGUGGAGGCAACGGACCGGGUGAACCUUAAACAAGUAAAUGACAACCUGUGGACCUUAACUAUUAAAGGAAUGGUGGACGGAGACUGUGGAACCUAUACAGUGGUCGCGGUGAACGACGUGGCCCAGGUAUCAGAUUUCUUCACGAUCGCCCAAGACUCUGCGCCUCAGAUUACUAGAGAACUUGAUAGCGAGACGGAGAAAAAACUACAUAUGGACGUGAUUCUCGAGGUCCGCGCCACUGGAAGUCCCAAACCCGACGCCAGAUGGUUCAAGAAUGGCAAGGAAAUAAUGGCAGAUGAGAGGUUCAAGAUGACGAGGGAUGAUACUUUUUACACCCUUAAGAUUCGUCGUGUUGAGAGAGCUGAUAAAGGAACCUACAAGUGUCUGUUGAGCAACACCAUGGGCGAGGCGAGCACCCAGGGGGACCUAUGGAUAAGGGCACCCCCAGACUUCGUAACGCCACUGAAGGACGUCUGCGCGAAGGAGGGGACGAAGGAGGUGAAGCUCUUCGUGGAGUGGGAAGCUAAUCCUCCACCUACAGUCAAAUGGUACUUCAAGGACAAGCCAGUAAGGGAGGACACGGAAGGAUUCGCCAUCAGAGGAGCGCAGGACACCUCUCAGAUCCUGGUCAUCCUGCAAGCCACUCCUGAGUUUGUGGGUCCUUACACUGUGAAGGCUGCCAAUGAAUACGGCGAAAGCACAUGUAAAGGCCGGUUCAGACUGCACGAGCCUCCUACAAUCCUGCAGAACCUGAAGGAUACAGAGUUCUUGGAAUUUCAGACUUCCAAAUUUACCUUCAAGGCCUUUGGUAUUCCACUGCCUGAUAUUAAGUGGACGAAGGACGGCAAGAAAUACACACCAGAUGAGCGUAGGGUGAGGAUGAAGGUCGAGGGAGAGGACACGUUCACCCUUAUCUUUGAGGAAGCUCUCCCUGUGGACUCUGGUCAUUAUGUAGCCACAGUGUCCAAUGUAGAGGGAACAGUGACCACCGAGGCAGAUCUGACAGUGAACAAAGGGAAUGGUAGCGUAGACACCAAUAACAAACCCGAGAGUGACGGCGUGACGGACAGCGACAAGAGACACAGUGACGCGGAGGAAGGCAAGACGAAAAAGCGGCGGAAACUGACAAUACUGCAAAGCCCGAGCGAAAACGAGAUCGAAGAAAACGCGAUACCCGGACCAGUAGUAGAAAACGGAAUACCGAGUGAGGCGGACGCGGAAGGGGAACUCAUGCAAAUUGAAGACGCGACAGUGGAGGAGAUCACGGAACCGACACAGUGGCGAAAGACCUCCACCAUUCACGUUUCAAGGGAUAUUGAGACGAAGACGGCGCUAACAGACACCCACGAGUCCUCCCUGACUAAGGCUGUGAACGUGGUGAUGCAAGAAGACGUGCUGACGAGAGAAGGACCGGGAAGAGACGACGAGGAGCUGGUGGAUAGUGCGUCUUUCUAUCUGGAGCCUGACGAGGAGGAAGGGACUCCGGGAAUGCACGUGACAGCCUCCUGCAGCAUCAACAGACAGCAGAAAGGCGGAAAGACUAUUAUCACAGCUGAGUCUGACGUGGGUGACGGGGACAAGGAGACAUCAACCAUCGUGCAAAUGAAGCAGACAGUUGAAAUGGAGCACUACCAAGGCCUUAUCACCGACCACCAAGCUGACUCGGACCUGGCCCUGCCUGGUAGCGCCUCCCUGGCAGACAACCCCGUUAAGGCCCUCACCCUAGGCAGCCAGGACCAGAUCCCCAAUGAUAUCAAGCACAUAGAAAACGAGGAUGUGAGUCGGGUCAAGCGAGGGAAACUGCAGCCCAAAAAGUCAGUGUCCUUUGAUGAUAUCCCGGAGGUCAUCGAGGACAUUCCACUAGAGGACAUUGAACUGCCGAAGGCGAAGAAGGUGCAUGAGAAGGAUGUGUCCGGGAAGAGCGGCAAAGCAAGUGCUGGAAAGACGCAGAAGGAGGCGCAGAAGGAAUGCCAAGGACGUGAAGGGGAGGCCAAGCAAGCGCAGGAGGGCCAGAGGAAGCUAAGUAGAGGCCGGGGUUCCCUCUCCCAAGACGCUGAAGAAGCACCGCCCCACAUCAAAAGUUGCAACUUCAAUGAGGGCAAGACUCUUAUUGCCCACCACAAGUUCCUUCUGGAGGUUGAGGCCACGUCAGUACCACAGGCCGAGGCUACCUGGUAUCUUAACGACCAGGUGCUCAAUGACGGCGAGGACGGGCUGAAGAUGUGCUUCGACGGCAAGAAAUACACACUGGAGCGUAUUGGCAGCGAUCCAGAGCACAGCGGGGAAUAUAAAUGUGUGCUGAGGAACAAAAUAGCUGAGGCAGAGGAGAAAGGCAACAUUACCGUGAAAGAGAAGGAGGCCCGCGUGCGCAACAAACUGAAGGACAUUUACGUAAAGGAACACAGUGAUGCGGAACUCAAAUGCCAGAUUGUGGGUGACCCGAUCCCUGAAGUGGAAUGGUUCCGUGACGGGAAGCCUCUGCCGAUUUCUGAUAAGUUUGAGGUGUCCUGCGAGAGGAUGAGCGGCUGGCACACACUGAUUGCGAAGGGCGUGAAGGAGGGCGACAAGUGCUCCUUCACCGUUAAAGGGAAGAACCAACACGGAGGAUGUGAGACUAUAUGUCAGCUUGGGGUCCUGGUCAAGCCCGCCCCAGGACCACUGGAGGACUGUGUGGUGGACUUCGGCAAGGAUCUACAAGUUUCCGUCACCAUUCACGCCUUUCCUAAGCCUACUAUGGUCUGGACUCUGAAUGGACAGGAGCUCAAGGAGGGCGGAGAGAGUCGUUACAUCUACACUCGCAAUGAGGAGAGGGAAGAAUACGGACUUAUUGUACAGAAGGCGGUGCUUGAAGAUGACGGCAAAUUGGCCUUUACUGCGUCAAAUGAUGCUGGCUCAGAAACUCGCUCGUGUCAUCUGAAGGUUCACUACGAGAAACCCACAAUCGUCGGGGGCCUCGAGAACUCCGCCUUCUGCCUGGAACAAGACGGCACCUUCACUUUCCGCGCCUCCGGUCUUCCCCUGCCUGAGUGUAGCUGGACCAAGAACGGCAUCCCACUUAAGAACGACAACAAACACGAAAUUACCAGCCCUGAGCCUGGAGUGUACUGUCUCACCAUCAAGGACGUGGAUCAGUACGACUUUGGUGAUGUCUCAGUGGUGGCUAAGAGUCUUGUGGGUGAGUGCACAUCAUCCGCUACCCUCACGCAGCAGAAAAUGGAAUGCAGUUUUGUGGAAAGCCUGGAUAAUGUGACCCACGGACCUGAGGGAGAUGAUGUGACCCUGAAUGUAAGGGUGAAGGGUUCCCCAAGACCUAAGUUUGUAUGGAGCAAAGAUGGCGACGAGAUUGAAGCCUCUGCCAAGUUUAAGCUGGCCUCUAAAAAGACGUCUUAUUGUGAGGCUACCAUCUCCCUUACCAUCGUGGAAGCUUCUGCUGUGGAUUCCGGCCAGUACAGACUCCGGUGCAUGAAUGACGUGAAUGAGAUCACCACGGAGACUGCCUUCAUUGUCAGACCCGAGAGGAGGAAGCCUAAGGUCACCAAGAAGCCACAGGAGCUCAAAGUGUUGGAGCACCAGCCAGGAAUCUUCCAGGCAAAGAUCAUUGGUUUCCCCAAGCCAGAGGUCAAAUGGCUGAAGGACGGUCGCCAGGUGUUCCCUUCAGACGUGAUCGACAUCGGGGUCACGGCUGAGGGUCUCUACUACCUGGAGUUCAGCGGAGUGACGGAGGAGGACAAGGGCCGCUACACCGUCACCGCCACCAACGAUCUGGGCUCCUGCGAGGCUGACACACAACUGAGCGUCGUCCCACCGCCCUCGAAGCCUGAGUUCCUGCAGAGCCUGAGGUCAAGCAAGGUCAUCCUGGGCUACCCCGUCAGGAUGGAGGUCAAGCUAGGAGGGUCACCAGCUCCAGAGAUACAAUGGCUGAAGGACGGCCAGCCCCUUAACCUGGACGGCACUCACUACAAGCAGGUGGAGAACCCCGACGGGUCAGUGUGCCUGCAGAUUGAUGAAGCCGUUGAAGGAGACGCUGGGGAGUUUACCUGUGUCGCCAAGAACCCUGAGGGAGACACCACUUCCACCGCCAGGCUGUCCGUGCUUGGGUUCACGAGGGAGGACGGCCAACCAGACGGUCCUGCCAAGUUUACUGAGGGCCUGAAGGACAUUGGUGCCGACGAAGGGAGAGACAUUGCGCCUCCCAGUGACCAUGAAGGGCGGUCCUGUGCCAAAGAUGAAGUGGUACAAGGACGGCAAGGAAAUCAAGCUUGGGGAUCGCGUUUUCUUUACCUACGACGGAGAUAGGGCGUUCCUGGAGAUCAGACCAGCCAAGGGCACAGACUCCGGCAUGUACAAGUGUGUGAUUGAGAAUGAACACGGCAAGGCUGAGACGGAAUGUGAGGUCUCCGUCAGGAAGUGCUUCGAGCCGCCCUCCUUCACCUCCACC